UCUUUACGGAACCCUAAGUGAAUUGAAUUCCAUCGCCAACCCUUUAUCUGCCGACUAAUCAUCUUCGAGUCCUAUAAAAAAAAAAAAAAAUCAUCUUCGAGAAUAAUCUCGUUUACAAUAACAAAGGAACCUCCACACUUUCCCCUUAUAGCUCUUGUGCCCAUUAUUCUUUUCUUAAUUUGACUUUAUUUUCUGAUUUGGGAGGGGGAGGGAAAGUGGGAGGCGUUUCGAUUCUCAUGCAAAUCCUGCGUUUGGCGCUCACUGUCUAACACUUCUCCACGUUCUCAAAAAUGGGUUUUGCGAUUUCCGACGAAUUGUUGGGCACUUUUGCCCCAAUCGUGGUGUAUUGGGUGUAUUCUGGGAUGUAUGCUUUGUUGGGAUCUUUUGAGAAUUAUCGGUUGCACUCGAAGAAAGACGAGGACGAUAAGAACUUGGUGUCCAAGGGUACUGUGAUCAAAGGAGUCCUUCUUCAACAGACUAUUCAGGCUAUUGUCGCAAUCAUUUUGUUCAAGGUGACAGGAGAUGGAGAUGGGACUGCUGCAGUUCCACAGUCUUCCUUUAUUGUUUUAGCUGGACAGUUUAUAACUGCCAUGUUGGUCUUGGAUACCUGGCAAUACUUUAUGCACAGAUACAUGCAUCACAGCAAGUUCUUGUAUAAGCAUAUUCAUUCUCAACAUCAUCGUCUUGUUGUGCCCUAUGCAUUUGGAGCUCUGUACAAUCAUCCAUUGGAGGGGCUUCUCCUUGACACAAUUGGUGGCGCCUUAUCUUUUCUUCUCUCUGGUAUGUCUCCUCGAGUCUCGAUCUUCUUCUUCUCCUUUGCCACCAUAAAAACGGUAGAUGAUCAUUGCGGAUUAUGGCUUCCCGGGAAUCUCUUCCAUGUGUUCUUCCAAAACAACACUGCUUAUCAUGAUGUCCACCAUCAGCUUUAUGGCAGCAAGUACAACUUUUCGCAGCCAUUCUUUGUACUGUGGGAUAGAAUUCUUGGAACCUAUAUGCCUUACUCAUUAGAGACGAGAGAAGCUGGCGGAUUUGAAGCACGGCCUACUAAAGGCUACAAGGAUGAUUAAUUGUUGAUAGAUAAUUUUUCGUCAUUGUACUGAUAUUUUUCACCCUUAAAGGCCACACUGCUUUGAUGAUUUGUAUGUACAUAUAUUGUUGCUUUA